AAAAUAGAAAACACUACAUCUAAUCUCUCUCAUGAUCUCAUCAAAACAUUCACAAGAAAGUAACACUUUUUUUUGUCCCUUUGAAGCUCGCCCUUUUUAGCUUUAUCCAUUGAUUACCAGGAGACACCUUUUGUGGUUUUUGAUUUUGAGGCUUGACAUUCUCAAGCAAAGCUGGAAUUUGUGCUCCACAAUUUCAUUGUUUUGAUCGAAUAAAAAAACAUUUGGGUUUGUCUACUUUUGUUUUGGUUCUUAGGUUGAAACUAGUAUAGCCGAAGACACUAAUUUCAUCUCAUGAUCUGUAAGUUGAGGAACAACAACGAGAUCCCUCCUUUCUGAGUUCAUACUGAUCAUGGCACGUUCCUUAAAGAGUGUUUUUAUUGUUCCUGAACUGAAUGAGAGCAUGCUUGACUCCAAAACCAAAGGAGCUUUGGUACCUUGUUCUUCGAACAAAGCAAAAUCAAAGGGUUGUUCUGUUUUGAAUAAUGCCUUCAUGGGAGAAUCUGUUGCCCUAGAUGAAAAAGGUUUAGGAUAUUGCAGUUCAAAAGCCUCUAGCAGUGUUCCUGUUCAUGCGCAAGCAACAAUUACUGUUAGCAAGAGUUUGAAGUGGUGGGAAAAGAACCUACAGCCUAACAUGACUGAGAUCCAUUCAGCACAAGAACUGGUUCAUUCUUUGCUCAAAGCUGGUGAUUCAUUGGUUGUGGUUGACUUCUAUUCACCUGGUUGUGGAGGUUGCAAAGCCCUUGAUUCAAAGAUCUGUCAAAUAGCUGGAUUGCACCCAAAUGCAAUAUUUCUGAGAGUAAAUUACGAUGAACUGAAAAACAUGUGUCACUGUUUGCGCAUUCACGUGUUACCUUUCUUCAGAUUCUAUAGAGGUGCGGAGGGUCGAGUUUGUAGCUUUAGCUGUACCAAUGCAACUAUUAAGAAAUUCAAGGAUGCCAUGGCAAAAUAUAGCAAUGAAAGUGGUAGUUUUGGUCCAGCGAAAGGUUUGGAAGAAUCUGAGCUGAAAAUUUUGGCCUCAAUGGGUGAAAUAUCAAAUGAUUCUUCGCUCUUGCUAUAUCCCAAACAAGAGAAAAUGAAGAAUUUGGUUAAUGAUUUUUCUGGAGUUUGGAACAUGGCUAGUAACAGCAGGGGAGUUAUGAAGGACACUAUGUUCUGAAAUUGAUUUUGAAACUACUAAACAGAGCAUUUAUUUAUUUAUUUAUUUUGCAUUGUUUUAGGAUGAAGAUUUUAGUUAAGUAAAACAGCUUCAUACCAUUGAUUUGUUUUUUCUAGGA